GUUAAGCAGUAGAGCACCUGCCUAGCAAGUGUGAGGCCCUGAGUUCAAACCCCAGUACCACCCCCCCCCAAAAAAGGAAAGAAAAGAAACACUUGUUCAAGUUAGCACUGGUAGUGACUCCUUGAGGAACCUUCUGGUUGGUUUGCUGCUGCUAACGGUCCCUUUAAAGUGGCCAGUUUGGUCUGUUCAUCUGAAUUCUCUCCGUCACAGCAGUGUCCCCCACUGGUCCUACGUUAAAUAGGAGGUUUGUGCUUACCCACAAACCUCCAGGGAACAGCACCUGCUUCCUGCCCCUUGUGGUGUCUGCUGGAGGAACUGGAAUUGUAAGGGUGACAGUCACCCUGUCAGCUGCACGGGGUCUCUCUUAUCAAACGUGGACGAGAUAAAGACAGGAAUCCUUUUCCUCUUGCCAGUCUUGGCUCUUUCCUGGCGAGUCCUUUUCCAUUGGCAGCUAAAGGCAUGUCACCCAAGAGGUCUUGAGGCUCGCCGACCUGUGUGUGGGGACCUGUGUGAGGGUCACCAUGGGUAACCCUCCAUCCCUCUGCCACUCCGUGGCAGCAAGACAUGGUGUUUCAGAGGGCACAUUGUUUUUCCUAGCUGCAUUUAAUAUGAGUUUUGUUUAGGUUUUGUUCCUUAAACAUUCCCCCAUUACAAAUGUAGUUCUAUAGCCUGUGAGCCCAGCAUGCAGGAGUCUGAGACAGGAGGACCCUGACUUCGAGGCCAUUCUGGCCUACAUAGUAAGGCCCUGUCUCAAAAAAAAACAAAAAAUAAAUUAUAAGCAAAUGUUGCCUUCCAGAAAGUUCCUGUACAUAUAUAGGCACUUAUCUUUUUUUUUUUGUGGGGGCACUGGGAUUUGAACUCAGGGCUUUACAGGCACUUUAUCACUUUUGCUGCCUUACCUUCAGUCCAUUUUGUUCUGGUUAUUUUGGAGAUUGGGUCUUGGGAAGUACUUGUCCAAGCUGAUCUCAAACCACAAUCCUCCUGCUCUCAGCCUCCCACAAAGCUGGGAUUACAGGCAUGAUCCAUGCUAUACCUUUUCAUUAUGAACACAGAAGAUGGUGUUCUACAGUUGUACAGUAACUUGCCUUUGGCAGUCAGUAGUAUUUUGAUGUCAGCGUUGAUUUCCUGAGUUGCUGUAACAUGUGGUAAGUCCUCAGCACAAGCUUAUCAUAAGUCCCUUUCUGUCUCAAGUUGGCUUAGGAUUUGCCUUAUCUUAUCCUGUAAGUGCUUUCACGUGCCCGCUCUGCCCUUCCCCAGCAUGAACACCUCAAGUUGCAGAAGUCAGGUUGUGCCACAGCAAGGGCUUAUGAUGUCACAUUAGUUCUGUCACCUAACACCCACUCGGCUAAGGGGUCUCCCAAGACACAGGCCGUUAGAUGUCAGAGGCAUCACCUUUUGUGUGAAGUGAGGCGCCCCUAAUCACCCCCACUGUAUGUGCCUGCGUGUCUCUGUAACUUCUUUGCCAAGUACAGGAGCAGAGGUUCUGUGUACACCUCCCUCCCUCUCUCUCUCUUCUCUCUCUCUCUCUCUCUCUCUCUCUCUCUCUCUCUGCCCAUUUGGGUGUGAGCUCCUGUCUCUCAGUUAGUACCUGUGUGGUCUUAGCUCCCCUGGUGGCCUUGGUAAGCACAGGGGAGGGAAGGCGUGCACAGGACACACACCGGUGACAGCGACAGCUGCUCCUGGAGGUGACGCAGUGAGAGUGAGCUUCAGAGCCUGCAGGUGCCUGGAUAGGCAGAGGCGCAGAGGCGGCAGCAGUGUGGACAUGCACAGGGAUAAAGGCAGAGACCAGAGGAACCAGGGCUCCUUAGGGACCAGUUUGUUGUGCGUGGGUGGGGCCUCAGCAGGGGGCCGAGCAGAGCCCAGGCAGAGCCCAGGGGUUGACGACAGGAGGACUGCCUCUUCUUUUUUGUGGUGCUGGGGCUGGAACCCAGGGCUAGGCGAGCCCUGUUUUUGAGGUGGCACUGGGGUCACCUCGUGCUUGAGAUUCCUGCAGGAGAGGUCAGGGGGCUGCUUUCGACCCCGAACAAGGCCCUGUGAGAAUGGGUCCUUUGUGUCGUCAGCGUCUGUGAGCAGGCUGUGUAACAAGUGUCCUUGUGUUCAGGGUGUCCACUCUGAAAACCGAGUUCCUGCCUCUGUUGAGUGUAUCUUUUGUCUCGGAGAACAGCGUCGUGGCAGCCGGCCACGACUGCUGCCCCAUGCUCUUUAACUAUGAUGACCGUGGCUCCUUGACCUUCGUCUCCAAGCUAGACCUUCCCAAACAGAGCAUCCAGCGCAACAUGUCUGCCAUGGAGCGCUUCCGGAACAUGGACAAGAGGGCCACCACCGAGGACCGCAACACGGCCCUGGAGACCCUGCACCAGAACAGCAUCACUCAAGUGUCCAUCUAUGAGGUGGACAAGCAAGAUUGUCGUAAAUUUUGCACUACUGGCAUCGAUGGAGCCAUGACAAUUUGGGAUUUCAAGACCUUGGAGUCCUCCAUCCAGGGCCUUCGCAUCAUGUGAAGCUGCGUGAGCUCCGCCAUGCGGGUGAGAGACGCAGGUGCUGAGGACGGUGGCCCGGGAUGCCCUGUAAGCAGACUGACCGCACGGUGCGUGAGCAGUGCCGCCAGGGCGUCUGCGGCAGUAAAGGCCGCUGUGGUUUUCUCAUCGUGUUUUGUGUUUGCUCUUUCAUUCCAUACCCGACCAGAGCUUCUGCUUGAGCAGUUCAUGAUGGAACGUGCUGCUCGAACUCACGGAGGGAGCGGGAGGUACGUGGAGUGUCUGCUAGAAAAUUCAAUAAAACUCCGGAAUGUG